UAUUAUAUUUACUGGGAGCGGUCUGGGGAGGGAGGAUGCGGCAGCCCACCCAGUGCCUGAGCGGGGCGGAGCAGCCCAGCUCGGCCGAAGCUCAUCUCUGCCGUGGAGACAUCCGAGAUGCAAAAGGCAGAGGCCCGGCCACGUCAGCACGACCACUUCGGUGGCGCCGCAAGGGGACGAGGCGGGGAGCGCGCCGCCGGAGUGCCGGUCGGACCCAUGGAAAUCCCCGCGGGGCUUUUGCUGGAACCGUCCCUUUACACUGUCAAGGCAAUUUUCAUCUUGGACAGCUUUGGGCAGCGACUUUUGGCCAAGGCAGGUACCUCCACCAAUUUUUUUUUAAGGCUCAGUUCCACUCUGUAUUAUGAUGACACCUUUCCAUCUAUGAAGGAACAGAAGAGUUUCGAAAGGAAUGUCUUCAACAAGACCCACAAGACUGACAGUGAGAUUGCUUUUUUGGAAGGUCUGACCAUUGUCUAUAAAAGCAGCAUUGAUCUUUUCUUUUAUGUAGUGGGAAGUCCCCAUGAGAAUGAGCUGAUGUUGAUGUCCGUUCUCACCUGUCUCUUUGAAUCUCUCAACCAUAUGCUGCGAAAGAACGUGGAGAAGCGAACCCUGGUGGAAAACAUGGAUGGGGUGUUCCUUGUGGUGGAUGAGAUCGUUGAUGGCGGUGUGAUUUUGGAAAGUGAUGCCCAGCAAGUCAUCCAGAAGCUGAAUUUUAGGACGAUCGCGGAGCCUGCAGCUUAUGGCUUUGUUCUCUUUGAUUACAUCACGGGUAACUCCGAGUACAAUGAAAUUUUGCCCGAGAGGCUCUACAAAUAGCGAACUGUUCUCACAAACAGGAUGCAGGAGUGGAUGACAGCUCUUUAUCUGAACACAGUGUCACUCAGGUUCUGCAGUCUGCCAAAGAACAAAUUAAGUGGUCCUUAUUAAAAUAAAGUAACCCACAGCAAAAGACA